CACAUUGGGUCCACCUCCACGGCACUGGGCUGUAGAUCAUCCUGACUGCUGCUCCUCUCUCAGGAAUCACUUUCAAAGGUUUUUUGGGGGUCCUUUAUUUUUUAAAACAAAAUGGCACCAAAGAAGGAUGUUAAGAAAGCUGCACCAGCUGCAGCUCCAGCUCCAGCACCAGCACCAGCGCCUGCACCAGAGCCUGCACCAGCUAAACCCAAAGAACCAGCCAUUGAUCUCAAGAGCAUCAAGAUCGAAUUCUCCAGGGAGCAGCAGGAUGACUUCAAGGAGGCGUUCCUCCUCUUUGACAGAACUGGUGAUGGCAAGAUCACCCUAGACCAAGUUGGUGAUAUCAUCCGUGCUCUGGGACAGAACCCAACAAAUGCUGAAGUCAAUAAGAUCAUGGGAAACCCCAGCAAAGAAGAAAUGGGUGCCAAGAGAAUUGGGUUUGAGGAGUUCCUGCCCAUGUUGCAGGCGGCUGCCAACAACAAGGAGCAGGGUACCUUUGAAGACUUUGUUGAAGGUCUGCGUGUCUUUGACAAAGAAGCCAAUGGCACAGUCAUGGGUGCUGAACUUCGUCAUGUACUGGCUACUCUAGGGGAGAAGAUGAAGGAAGAGGAAGUAGAAGAACUGUUGAAAGGUCAGGAAGACUCCAAUGGCUGCAUCAACUAUGAGGCAUUUGUGAAACACAUCAUGUCUGUUUAAAUGAAUUCCUCAAGACACAAGCUGAGCAAUUUAGUCCCCGAAGACCUGGAGGCACCUGAAAUUUGCCUCAAUAAGACUCUUGCUCUAUCCAGUACCAUCAAUCUGGAAACCAUACAAGACUGUAUUAUAUGCCCCCUUCCCCAACUCGCCAAUUUUUUUUAUCAAAAGUAUCUUCCUCUGGAUCAUCACUUACGUUUCACAAAUUGAACAGUUGCUGAGGCAAGCUAGAUGGAAUAAAUUACUGAAGUUGUCAAGCCUGAUUAUCUGUUUUCCAUAUUGUUUGCCAUGAAGCAACGUAUGCCCUUGAAAAAUGCAACAAUAAAUCCCUGUGGUCAGUC